AAAUUGAACCAAGAUGGAUAAAUAAAUCAAGUUAAAACAAGUUGUUAUUAUCAAUUUCUUGAAAAUGAAUUCAAAUUUAUCUAAACAGGAUUAUUGUUGAGAAGAACAUAUGAAAUGCAACUUGAUAUUUGCAUUUCUCUCCAAUUUGUAUGUAUCAUUAUUAGUUUGAUAUUUUGUGUUGUGUGUGUGUUCUUGUUGGUGUUUUGGGAGUUGAGCAAAUCCUCUUCACCAAUAUACUAAACUAAAAAGUUGUUGAAACCUAAACCAAUACACCCAUUGAUCAUAGAGUUAUUCACCAACUCCAUUUCAGCCACUCCCACAUUUCCUUCACCCCUAAUCUGUUUCAUAUAUAUAUGUGUGUGUAUAUAUAAUUUCACAUAUAUUACCCUCAAACCCAUCUUUAACAUUACCAUACAAAAACAAUAUAUUUGUUUCCCCUAAUUCCUUCAACUUCCUCUCAUGGAAUUUCCCAAACUUCUCCCUUUCUCGACUAAACCAAUGCUCUGCUUUCUUCUCCUCUGCUUCAUGUGUUUAUCUGCCAACUCAGCCAGACUUCUCGACGAGCAGCCACAAGUCCCGGUUGGUACUCCGGCAGCAGCCUCGAGUGUCGUUGGGACGCCUUUCGGUAAUUUCGGGACAGGACCUACUGCUACUAAUACACCUUCAACAACUCUACCUAAUUCAGCUGGAAACAACCUGGGGCAAGGAGCUACUACACCUUCAUCAACUCUACCUAGUUCAGGGGGAGUUGAAGAUGAUCAUCAUGUAUUAACCUUCUUCAUGCACGAUAUCCUUGGAGGUACAAAUCCCUCGGCUCGAGCCGUUACGGGGGCAGUUAACAAUCCAGCUCUCAAUGGCCAACUUCCAUUUGCUAAACCCAAUGGAGCAGUUUUAUCAGUUGGAAAUAAUGUUCCUCAAAGUAAUGGAAACAGUGGUCUAAUUAACAACAACAACCUUCCCUUUCUAAUCGGUCUUGGUGGAGCAGCGUCCCCAUUGUUGCAAAACAGCAAUGGUGGUGGAAACAACUUCAACGGCCAGCUCGGCUUUCCAUCCGUUAAUGCAGGACAACUCCCGUCCGGAGUGUCGGUACAACAACUCCUCUUCGGCACGAUGACAGUUAUCGACGACGAACUCACGGAAGGACACGAGCUGGGUUCUGGGCUGAUCGGGAAAGCACAAGGGUUUUACGUGGUGAGUUCAGAAGAUGGGAACAGUCAAACAAUGGCAUUCACUACAAUGUUUGAGAGCGGCCAUUACGUCGAUAGCUUAAGCUUCUUUGGCGUUCAUCGGACGGCGGUGUCGGAGUCUCAUUUGGCAAUCAUGGGAGGGACAGGAAAAUAUGUAAAUGCAAGAGGGUAUGCAAAUGUGAAGACUCUUCCAGGCAUCAACCAACAUGAAACCGAUGGAGUUGAGACUUUGCUCCAAUUCACUGUUUACAUCAGUUAUUAAAACUAAUGGGUUGUUUUUACUUUUUAUCAUUGAGUGAGAAUAUGUUUGAAUUCUGUUUGUGAAUUUAUGGUUUGUAAUGAAAGUUUAUAUAUUUAUAUAUAUAUAUAUAUAUAUGAAUCAAACCAAGAUUUGAUACU